UAUUUCGUAUUCAAUAUUAUCAUACCACGGUCACGAUUGGCACCGGCUAGAGAUUUCGCUCAAAUUAAUUUUUGGUUUUCAAGACAGCUUGAUCCUGGAAAGUGGAGCACUGCAAUACACAAUUAGACUCGUCGACUUAAUAUUUUUCUUCUAUUGAAAUGGCACUCUUAGCUUCUUCGAGGUUGGUGAUGCUUGGAGUGAGGAAUGCUGCUCAUCCUGUUGCAAGGAUCAACGUGCCUAAGCAAAACUUGAGAUCAUCCUUAAUUUACAAUGGAGUUCAAGUCAGGUGUAAGGGAUACGCGCCAAUCAAUCUGGGAGUGAUGUUUGUUCCUGAGCAAGAGGCUUGGAUUGUCGAGAGGUUUGGAAAGUUUCACAGGAUUCUCCAACCAGGCCUCAACUUCCUCAUUCCUGUCGUGGACAGAAUCAAAUACGUGCAGUCACUAAAAGAAAUCGCCAUUGACAUUCCAUCGCAGAGUGCAAUCACGUCAGACAACGUUACCUUGAGUUUGGAUGGAGUCCUCUUCCUUAGAAUUCUAGAUGCCUUCAAAGCGAGUUACGGUGUGGAAGACCCUGAAUUUUCCAUCACACAAUUAGCACAAACUACGAUGAGAUCUGAGUUGGGAAAAUUGUCUCUGGACAAAAUUUUCCACGAAAGAGAGUCACUGAACGUGUCUAUUGUGGAGUCUAUCAACAAAGCUGCACUCUCCUGGGGAAUCACUUGUCUUCGAUAUGAAAUCCGUGACAUCAUCCUGCCUGCCAGGGUGAAGGAAGCCAUGCAGAUGCAGGUGGAAGCGGAGCGGCGCAAGCGAGCUACCAUCCUUGAAUCCGAGGGAGUGCGGACAGCAGAUAUCAAUGUAGCCGAGGGCAAACGCCAGUCGCGUAUUUUGGCAUCUGAGGCCGAUAAGCAGGAGCAGAUCAACAGAGCAGCUGGUGAGGCCACAGCAAUCAUGGCUGUUGCUGAGGCUAAAGCCAAAGGCAUCAAACUCGUUGCUGAGUCUCUGAAGUCGCAGCAAGGUAACAAAGCUGCCAGCCUGACCGUGGCUAGUGAUUACGUGGACGCGUUUAGGCACUUGGCCAAAACCAACAACACAAUCAUCCUUCCGGCUAACGCAGGAGAUGUUAGCAAUGCGGUUGUUCAGGCGAUGUCCAUCUUCAAACAGUUGAAUCAAGGCAACAGUGGUGCCUCUUCAUCUGAGCUGCCUGACUUAGCGGAGUACUACAGCGAUGAUGAGGAACGAGCCCAGGCGCAGCUCAGAGCUGCCAAGAAGACUGGCAAGCCAACCAUAAAUUAGCAGGAAAAUGCUUCAAAAAAGCGAGGAAAGUGUGGACUGUUUCUAAAUAAAAAAUGUUGAGCCAUCAAAACGCGUUCGUCUCGUUGAAAAUUCAAUUUUGCAAAAUUAGUUUCUGGGCAGGAGCUGUAAAAGAGCCAUAAAUUUUAUGCCGCCGUCAAGCGCUGCAACUUGGCAGUGACACGAGCGUAGUAUGCCAUUCUCAGUCGUGACACGUCGGCCGGCUGCGUGUGCCCGCUGGCCGUUUUACGUGCGUCCGUAAAAAGACGCGGCGGCCGGGGCCCCUUGAGAGACCCAGAGAAAACAAAGCAGGAAUUGCUCCCUAGGCUGCGGCCCCGACAUGCGACGCGCGUUCAAACGGAAAGAGCAAUAAAAGCCGCUUAUUAUGGAUUUUCAGCA